GAGAGAGCUUCGGAUUCAUUUGACUGAUACGCUUAUCGCCUGGGUAGUUUGACUUUAGUCUGUCGCAGCCACCACAUCAUUCAAGAUGGAAUAUCUGCGCCUCUGUCUGGUUAUAAUUGCGCUAUUCGGUUUACUCAGUGCCCAAGCCGCUUUAGGUGAUAUGCCCACAUUCUCUGGCCUGUGCCAGUUGCAAGGGGACUGGUGCACCACCAACUGCCAAAUAGCCGGUGGCCGGGACGGACUGUGCAACAAAGUGGGUAUCUGCGUCUGCAGACCCUUGUAGUGGUGGCGGUUAGACAAAUCGCAUUUACAAAAGGAAUCGAAAUAAACAUAUUUACAAUUGA